AUGGAUCUCGUACCAGCGCCUAGCGGGGAGACCCCGGUGAAGGUUCCUGUGGUCGGGGUGGAGGCUGUCGACGUCGCGGAGUCGGUCAACGCGGAGUCGGUCGCGUUGGAGGAGGCAUCCUCCGUAUACGAAACCGACAGCGAUGAUUCAGAUGGCUGGGAUGCUAUGUCUGGCGAUGACACAAUCCAGAUGCUGCGCGAUGAACAGCUGCGCGAUGGACUUGUUCCCGGUGCCUGUACUCUUGAAGAAGCCGUCACUUUUCGAAAUCGGCUCCACGCGAUCGGUAAGGCUGCCUUUGUGGAAGAGACCAUCGUGCGUGAGACCGUGACAGCGAAGAAGCUAUGCACUGCAUUCGGCAUCGUUCCCCCGGCGUUUCUCGAAGGCGCACCCGAUGAGUCCUUUCACCCUCUUCUCGCGAUCGCCAUCUCGCGUGAAUUCUCUCGUCGACGAAAGCUUCCCGAUUACAACACUAUCGAUGAUGCUGUGCGCCUUCUGCGGGAGUCGAAAAACAUCAUCGUGUUGACCGGCGCGGGCAUCUCAACGAGUCUUGGAAUUCCUGAUUUCCGUUCAAAGGAUACCGGUCUUUACUCAAAAUUGGAGCACCUUGGUCUAAGCGACCCACAAGAAGUCUUUGAUAUUCACGUCUUUCGGGAAGAUCCGAGUAUCUUCUUCUCCAUCGCGAAGGACAUCCUCCCAACCGAAAAGAAAUAUUCACCGACGCAUGGGUUCAUCAAGCUGCUUCAGGACAAGGGCAAGUUGUUGACCAACUACACUCAAAAUAUCGACAACAUUGAGGCCAAUGCGGGUGUUCUGCCGGAGAAUAUUGUGCAAUGCCACGGGUCCUUUGCAACUGCGACUUGUGUCAAAUGCGAACACAAGGUCUCGGGUGAUGCGAUCUUUGGCGAAAUUAAGGCGGGGAAUGUUCCUGAAUGCAGCGCUUGUCGACAAAUCAUCGAAGCUGAUGCACUGAAACCGCAAGGGCUUAAGCGAAAGCGAAGUUCCAACGGGUGUCAGAAAGAUCGGAAGGAAUUUGAAGAUAGCUCGGAUGAGGAUGACUAUGAAAUUCCAACUCCUGGUGUCAUGAAGCCUGAUAUCACUUUCUUUGGCGAGGAUCUUCCUGACGAGUUUGGUCGUCGCCUUAUUCAUCAUGAUAGGGAGCUAGUCGACCUAGUAAUCGUUAUUGGAACUUCGCUGAAGGUGGCCCCCGUUGCAGAAGUGCCGGGGAUCUUGCCGCGCGAUAUCCCGCAGAUCUACAUAUCACGCACGCCUGUGUCGCACACUGGUUUUGAUAUUGAUCUUUUGGGUGAUUGCGACGUGGUUGUAUCAGAACUCUGCCGCCGGGCCGGCUGGGAUCUAAAACACCAUAUGAUACCCGUUGAUGAAAAGGUAGAUGUUACUCCCGUAGAGGGAUAUGAGUCACGACAUGUAUUUCAGGUGGUUGGCGCAUAG